AUGGAAGAUCCUAAGAGAGUAGAAGAAGGGUUUGGUCGGACUCCAUUGGAUCAUGACGAUGAUAAAGAUGGUAAUAAAUGUGACAAUGGAGAAUGCUUUGAUAAUAAUGCAAAUGAUGAUUGGACUGCUGUUAACGGUGAACGGAAAGGGGAGGAUCAACCUCCACCAUCAGAAAAGCCAAAGACCAAGAGGGUUGCUACCUUGGAUGCUUUUAGGGGGCUAACCAUUGUUAUGAUGAUAUUGGUAGACCAUGCUGGCAUUGCAUAUCCAGCACUUGAUCAUGCACCAUGGGAUGGAUGCAUGUUAGCUGACUUUGUCAUGCCUUUUUUCCUAUUCAUUGUUGGAGUUGCAGUUGCCUUGGCUCUCAAGAAAAUUCUCAAGAUCAAGGAUGCAAUCUAUAAGAUAACCUUGAGGACACUAAAGCUUCUAUUUUUGGGAAUUCUGUUGCAAGGAGGUUAUUCUCAUGCUUUAGCUGAUAAUAUUGAUCUUGCUUAUGGGGUUGACAUGAAGCUUAUUAGAUGGUGUGGCAUUCUCCAGAGAAUAGCAUUGGUAUACUUUGUUGUAGCUCUGAUAGAGACUCUGACAACGAAAAGGAGACCACUCGUUUUAUCACCCGGACAUGUGUCCAUUUUCACUGCAUAUCGAUGGCAAUGGAUCGGAGGUUUCAUCGCGUUUUCCAUUUACAUGAUCACGACAUAUUCAUUGUAUAUUCCAGACUGGAGUUUUGUUGAUCAUAAAGGAGGCAAAACAUACACUGUGAAAUGUGGGACGAGAGGCCACUUGGGGCCUGCCUGCAACGCUGUUGGAUAUGUCGAUAGGGAGAUUUUGGGAAUAAAUCAUCUGUAUAAGAGCCCUGUCUGGCAACACCUUAAGGCUUGUACCCUUAGUUCUCCACGUGCCGGCCCUUUUCGAUACGAUGCUUCCAGGUGGUGCCAUGCUAAUUUCGAACCUGAAGGCUUGUUAAGUUCAGUCUCUGCUAUUCUUUCCGGUACCAUUGGCAUCCAUUACGGGCAUGUAUUGAUACACUUCAAGGGUCACUCCCAAAGGCUGAAGCAAUGGGUAUCAAUGGGAUUUGGCUUACUUAUCCUAGCAUUCCUUCUUCAUUUCACACAUGCUAUUCCGAUCAAUAAACAACUCUACACUAUAAGCUAUGUCUGCCUCACAGCUGGUGCUGCAGGAAUUGUAUUUUCAGGAUUCUACAUUGUGAUUGAUGUUUGGGGGUUUAGGACUCCAUUCGUAUUCCUGGAAUGGAUAGGAAUGAACUCCAUGCUGAUAUUUGUAUUGGGAGCUCAAGGUAUACUUGCAGCAUUCAUCAAUGGCUGGUAUUAUAAUAACCCUAAUGACACACUUGUUACUUGGAUACAAAGGCGUGUAUUCAUUGAUGUUUGGAAGUCCAGGCAUCUAGGCACUCUCUUCUAUGUGAUUUUUGCUGAGAUCAUAUUCUAUGGAGUUCUUGCUGGAAUCUUACAUAAAUUGGGGAUGUAUUGGAAGCUGUAA